AAUUAAAGCAAAUACAACUAAAAUUUGUUGUUAGAAUUUGUCUAUUGCCAACAUUGGAAACAAACGAAAAGAAUACAACAACAUAAAUAAAAGAAAGUUGCUUGUCUGAUUAUUCGCCCCGUGGCCCUGCUUCUCCUUUGUGCGCAACUGCAGGUGCUUCAAGAUGCGUCAGUUCAACAUUUCGGUCAUUGGACUAUCCGGUACCGAAAAGGAUCGCGGCCAGGUGGGUGUGGGCAAGUCAUGCCUGUGCAACAGAUUCAUGCGGCCGAUGGCCGACGAUUACUUCAUCGAUCACAUAUCAGUGCUCAGCCAGAGCGACUUCAGUGGACGGAUCGUGAACAACGAUCACUUCCUGUACUGGGGCGAGGUGCGCAAAACCACAGAGGAGGGCGUCGAGUACAACUUCAAUAUCAUCGAGCAGACAGAGUUCAUGGACGACUCCACAUUCCAGGCCUUCAAGGUGGGCAAAAUGGAUCCCUACUCAAAGCGCUGCACCGCCACCAAAGUCUUCUCCGCGGAGAAGCUCAUGUAUAUAUGCAAGAAUCAGUUGGGCAUCGAGAAGGAGUACGAACAGAAGGUGAUGCCCGAGGGGCGUCUGAGCAUCGAUGGCUUUGUCGUCGUGUUCGACGUCAGUCCCGUGCCAAACCGCAGCGUUGAGAAGCAGGUGGAGUUCGUACAGAAUGUGAUUGCCACCAUUGUGAAGAACAAGAAGCCGCUCGUGCUGGUCACCACCAAGAAUGACGAUGCAUACGAGCUUUAUGUGCGCGAGGCGGAGAAGAUCAGUCAGCGCAAGGACUACAAGAGCACGGUGCAGCUGAUCGAGACGUCGGCCCAUGAGAGCAUUAACAUCGAUUUGGCCUUCCUCAUGCUCGCCCAAAUGAUUGACAAGGUGAAGAAUCGUGUGAAGAUCAUUUCGUACCAGGAGUCGGCCAAGUCGCGCAAGGAGCUGCUGGACACCAGAUCGGAGGCGGUCACACGACUGAUACGCAAUCAGAUCACCGAUUAUCACAUCCUCUGGUCGCAGGGCUCCAAGAUGCUCUCCCAGUAUCGCGAGUGGAACGAAUUCUUGAACAUAUUCGGCCACGAGGCCGGGCAGAAGCUCUUCCGCCGCCACAUGAAGAAGCUGCGCGAUGAUCACCUGAACAAGAAGCUUCACCAGUAUCUGGAUAAGUUCGCCCUGGCCUUGGAGUACAUGCUGCCGGACAUUGGGGCGUUGAAUAUCAUCGAUGACGAUGCCUGGGAGUGUGCCCGCAACUAUCUGCAGAAUCACAUUGAGUUUGAGCAAUAUUUCUUCGAGUGCCCCCAGGCCUCGUGGACCGAGCUGGUUGACAUGGACGAGGCCGAGGAUGAGGCGCGCAUACCCUUCGAUGUGCUGGAAACCUCCGAGGCAGAGACAGUAUUCCGAAACUAUUUGAAUUCCGUGCAGCAGGACAAGAAGAAGAUUGGCUGGAAGCAGCAGUUCAAGAUGCUGCUGGAGGAAUCCGGCUUUGUUACGCCCGGCAAGCAGCUGUCCGAGGUGCGUGUGCUGUUCAUGGGUCGUGAGUGCUUCGAGGCGCUGUCCGAGCAUGAUUGCCAGCAGAUCUACGACAUCCAUCAGGACGAGAUAAUCGAGAAGAGCAAACAGAACUUUGUCGAGCUGCUGCUGGAGCAUGCCCAGUACUUUUUGCAGUUCAAGAACGUGGACAUUAUCACGCAGGAGGAUGUGCGCCAGAUUACGGAUGUCAUACAGGAGGAUUCGCGCUACAAGAUGCUCGACCGCUUGGACCAGGAGCGACGCGUGAUGCUCGUGCAGCAUCUGCGCUUCAUUCACUGCCCCAUACGCGAUCAUUGCCCGUUCUUCAACAACUGUGUGGACAGCCUGAUCGAGGAGGUGCUCGCCGACAAGUCGGCCACCAGCAAUCACAAGACACCGGGCGUAGGAGUUGGCGUUGGUGGUGGUGGCGGCUGGAAGACGACUGGCAAUGGCAGCGAUCGCACCCUCAAUCUGCUGAUUGUUGGCUCCGAGCAUUUGGCCAGCGAUCUGCUCAACGAUAUACGCAUCUGUACGGGCAGCAAAGGCGAGUAUAUCUACGAGAAUCAAACGUACUAUCUCAAUUAUCGCAUUGCCAAUGGGGACAUGGAGGCCUUCAAGGCCAUCGACGUCUAUUCGAGUGGCCUCAUCUGCGUGUACUCCAAUCAGCAGUCGUUCGAAACGCUCAAGGACAACCUGGAACGAACGCUGCUGUGCAACCUGGAGCUGGAGGAUAAGUUCGAGAAUCUGCCCAUUGUGCUGGUGUAUCAGCCGCAGGAUCUCAAGGAGAACGAGGUCGAGUAUCUGCGCAGCGAGGGCAUGCGCCUGUCGGAGAUGCUGCACUGUGACUUUAUCGAUCACACGCAGAACCAUCAGAAGUAUGUCUACGACAUACUGAACAUUGUCAUCCUAUCGCUCAAGCUGACAGAGAUGAAGAGCUACGAUCCGUAUCCCUCCAAUCACACCGAUCUCCGUAUUCUCUGCUGCAUCUUCUGCGGCGAUCAGUAUGACAUUGAGAACAUUGUCCAGCCGCUGGUCGCCGAAUCGACGCUCGUGAAGGCCAGCGAGCAUUCGAUCAUUGUCGAUGUGUUCAUUGGCGAUGCCAAGCGGCGGGUGGAGUUUAUACUCUCCUCCUACCACGGCACCAAUCAGUAUCGGGAUGAGCUUAUCCAUGGCUACAUUUACUUUUACUCGGCCAAACGUCGCUCAUCCCUGGCCAAUCUGAGCAUUUUGGCUGCCCAGAAUGCCAACAUUCCGCUGCAGAUCAUUGCCGUGACGGAGAGCGGCGGCGUCAAUGCGUUCUUCAACAGCGACAUUUGUCAGUUUCUCAUUACCGAAGGCAAUGCACUGGCCGAUCGCUUCAAGGGCAGCUUCAUGACAUUCUCAGCGGAUCAGUAUGUUAAAUUUGCAUUUUAUAAUCCAUUCCUGAAGACCGCCUGGGACAACAAGUACGAGGUGGAGAAUUUGCAUGUGGAGGAGUCAAUUACAUUAGAUUCGGGCGAGGGUACGCUGGAGAGUUCGGUGAAUCAGAUGCCGCGCCCACCGCCCCGCCACGAGAGCUACAUGCUGUCAAAUACAUUAGGCACCGAUGGUUCCGGCAGUGAGAAUUACGAAAUGCUUCCUACCCGAUCUCUGAACUCAUUAAAUGAAGAAAGAGAUAUAUCAUUAGAUGAAAUCUACGAUGAAAACAACGAAAAGCCCAAGCACCUGCAUCAAAGAUUCCAGAUAUUCCCUCCUCCAACAACUCCUCCAGAGCCAGCCCCUCCAGAUCAUCAGCUCAUUACAUGCACAUAUAAGAGUCAAUUCGUUUCGGCUUCAGAAUCAAGUUUGGAAGAAAUAACAUCGGAUGUCAGCGGAUCGAAGGAUUCAUUGGCCGCCCACGAUGCAGAAUGGCUGGAGGACAAGAGCGAUGGGCGACGCAACAUGAACAAAAACUCAAUAUGGAACAACUUCAGCGGCUCAACGCACGCCUACACCACGGGCCGGCGGCACAUUGACUCCAAUCUUAACAAGAUCCGUCCGAAGGGUCCCAGCCAAACGUUGAAGGUGGGCGAGGCGCCCAGCCGCAACUGUCCGGCAAUGAGCUCAUCCACCUUUACGCUGCCCACACAGCCGCCGGGCAAGCUGAAUAUGAAGAAUUUCCAGCUGGUCAGCGAGGCGGUGGCCAAGAUGAACUUCACGGGCUCCGGUUCCGGUUCUGGUUCGGGCUCCGGAUCUGGUUCCGGCACUGGCCUGGGCCUCUGCACUGGCAGUGGCAGCAUGGCCGACUCAUAUCUGGGCGACUGUGACCCUGUGACUGUGGGCAAGGAUGGCAAGCGGUAUGAUCACGCCCAGUUGGAUGGCGAGGACGAGGACUCCGAGGAGCUGGCCGAGUACGAGCAGAUCUAUGAAAACGAAGACUGCACCGAGUCGGAUAGCUGCGCCAGUUCGACGGAGCGGCGUGUGCGCCAGCAGAAUGCCUACUACAAGGCCAGCAGCAAGGCGAGCAAGGCCAGUGCCAAGAAGCAGAAGAAGAAGAAGGUGGCCAUACCCGUGCAGACGCCGCGUGUGCCACCAUUUGGCUCCUAUGUGAGUCCGCCGGAGAUUCCACUGCACUAUCAGCGCAUGACCGUCGUCGGGGCAGGUGAGAAAAAGAAACCCGAGGCUGGUGUGCCGGAGUUCAUGAAGAGCGACAAAUCCCCAGAGUAUUCCAUGGUGCCGGAGCUGACUGCAGCUGGUAUAUUUGGCGCUGAGAAUCUGCCAGAGUACAACAUGAAUGCCAAAUGCCUGAAGGACUUUGAGAAGCACGAGAAGAGGCGCAUCAAGGAGGAGACGGCACGCAUACGCAAGCAGCAGGAGAAGGAAAAGGAGCAGGAGAAGAAGCUCAAACGAAAGCUCAAGCAAAAUGCCAAGGGACUGGCCGAGUCCGUGGAGGCGCAAUUCGGCAAGCUAAUGAUUAGCUCCGAACAGGGCGAGAUACCCAUUUUUCUCAACAAGUGCGUGGAGUUUAUCGAGAAGGAGGGACUCGACUCGGAGGGCAUCUACCGUGUGCCGGGCAGUCGGGCGCAUGUCGAUAUGCUCUUUCAGCGUUUCGAGGAAGAUGUCAACACUGUCAUCGAUGUGCUGGACAUACCCGUCAAUGCCGUGGCUACAGCACUGAAGGAUUUCUUCUCCAAGCGCCUGCCGCCUUUGUUUAGUAAGGAUAUCAUCAAGGAGCUGGAGGAGAUUGCUGGCUCUCGUGGCGUUGGCUCCUCCAAGUUGAAUGUGGAGGUGAAAACGGAUCGCAGCUGCCGCUUGAUAGCUUUAAAAUCGCUGCUGCAAAAGCUGCCACCCAUUAAUUUUGCCAUACUCAAAUACAUAUUCCAGCACUUUGUGCACGUCUCGGACAACUCCAAGCUGAAUAGCAUGGAUAGCAAGAAUUUGGCCAUUUGCUGGUGGCCCACCUUGAUACCCAUUGACUUUACCGACAUGGGACACUUUGAGCAGCUGCGGCCAUAUCUCGAGGACAUUGUCCAGACGAUGAUUGAUCAGUUUCCGUAUCUAUUCUGCGGCAAGGAUGCGUUUGUAAUGGUCUAAACAGCAGCAGCAGACAGCAGACAACAAGAACAACAACAACAAAAACAGAUCCUAGAUAGACUCAAUGUUCGCAUGCGUGUGAUGUGUGUGUGUGUAUCUCGUGUGUGUGUGUGUGUGCGUGUGCCAUGUAUGUGUGUGGAUAGAAAUGAAAGAGAUAGCAAAGGGAGAAAGGCAGCCCAUCGAUCGAUCGAUUCAUUUUGAGUGGAGUACAGCAGAGUCUCACAAAUUAGAAAUUUAAACCCCGACCACUUAAUGCAUUGGCAAAUGUGAAAUUGGAACCGGCGGUACACAAGUGGUACUCCGAAGCUAUUCGUGGCUCGAAAUUGCUUAAAUUGAUGUAAAUUUAUGACUGAAGCUCAAAUUUCAAAUUUAAAUUGUUUGUUUUUUUAAUGAAUUUCUAUACAUUUGCAUGUUCAAUUCAUUAAAUAUUUAUAAAUAUAAUACUUUUUCGAUCUAUUUUUACAUUACUAUUAUUAUAUUUAACUAUUUUAUUUAAACAAAUAAUGUCCAUAAAUGAGAAAUUAGAAUCACCCCAAGCCAUACAAAAAGUGGUUCUAAUUUGUGAGAUUCUGCUGUAGUCGUAGCGGGAGGGAGGAGUACGACGAGAAGUCGCAUAAUUGAUAUAUAAAAAAUGCUCCAUAUACAUAUGUUUACAAAUACUUCAUAUAUAUAAUAAGAUGAUGAUAUUAUUAUCUGUGUGUGUAUUAACGUUGUUUUUUUUUGUAUUUUUUAUGUAUGUAUAUCUAUGUGUGUGCGAGUGUAUCUGUGUUUUGUAUUCGUAGCUGUAACUGCUGUAAUUGCAUGUGUAAAGUAUUUUUGGUGGGUGGUGAGGGGGAGGUGAAACGAACACUUGGCUAAGUAGGGUAUAUGUAUAUUUAUUUUUUAUAUACUUGCAUACAUGCAUAACUACAUAUGUAACAUUCAUUACAUACAUACAUAUAUGUAUGCAUAUAUAUAUUUUGUAUAUCCAAUGGCUUUGUUGUGUUUCCGUGAUAUAUGUAAACGCGCGUCAAGUGUUUUUUCUCUGCGUGUCCCUGUCGUUGAAUCCAUUGAGUGAGAGACACCCCACAUCGAAACCUUCCCAGAGAUGUGGUGUGGGUGGGCGACAACGCACAACUAAUAUAAAAUAUUCAAUAAAAUACAAUUUAUAAAAUUAAAACAAAAAAAAACCAGAGAAAAGGAAAUGAACAAAACAAAAAAAAAGAAAGAAAACGAAAACGAAAUACUGCGGGAAAAGGAUUAAUACAAUUUACUGUGUAUCUGUGUAUGCUAUAACUGUAAUUGUAACUGUAAUUGUAAUUGUAACUGUAACUGUAACUUAAAUUGUAUGUUCAAACACCAAUUUCCACAGUACGUGCAUACAUAGUACAUAUACAACACGUAUCUAUAUAAUAUAUAUAUAUAUAUAAAGGUAACGACGCUAGAUAUCUAGAAUAUCUACAAUUAAAGCUAUAUAACUACUACUACUAUAUCCAUUACUGUAUUGUGUGUGUGUGUGUGUAUUAUAUCUAAAUAUAUUAUAUUAUUAUAUAAUAAUUAGCCUAGAGGCGGAAGACAAGUAAUGCCACAGGAUCUGCGGAUCUGGAUCACGGAUCCAGAUCAGGAUCUGAAGCAUAAGCGUAAGGCACAUUAUGCGGAAGAUCCGAAUAAAAAUCUAAUUUUCGAGCUAAAAACUAAAUGUGCAACUCAUUGAGCGUGUGUGUGUCUGUGCGUGUGUGUGCGUGUAUGUUGUAUCCAACUAGACGUUACCCCCUAGAUGUACAUACAUAUAUACAUACAUAUAUAUAUGUAUAUAUGAUAAAGCCGAUUAUGAUAAAUAAAAUUGAAAUUGAAAUUUACGUGCGAAAAAAACACACCUUGCCCGGCAAAGAACAGACAAACCAAGCAACACAAACACUCUCCAAAUCUCUCCAAACUCUACACUGAUUGUCUAAACGAUAUUCGCAUUAGCCAAGCAUACAUACAUAUAACCCUACCCAAACAUGCAUACAUAACUGUAAUGCAUCCUCCAAUCUCUCCCUCUCUCUCUCUCUCUCUCGCUCUCUAAAUCUCUCUCUUCGCGGCUAAGCAAUUGUGUGUGUGUCUACGCAAAUUCCAUACAUGCAUAACUGUAUUUUAACUAUCGAUGCGCUGCUGCUGCAGGUGCACGCGGGGGCAAAGGAAACAAAAAAAAACAAAAACAAUUCUAGACAACAUAAGCCUAAGUGUUAUUUCUUGUAAUUGAGCAUUAAUUUUUUUAUAUUAAACAAAACUCUAAUAUGUAAAA